AUGGACCAUUACAGUGAAACAGCCGUGUACACCCUCAUGCCCAUGGUCAUGGCUGACCAGCACAGGUCAGUUUCUGAAUUGCUUUUAAACUCAAAGUUUGAUGUCAACUACGCAUUUGGACGUGUUAAAAGAAGCCUUCUACAUAUUGCUGCCAACUGUGGAUCAGUAGAGUGUCUUGUCCUGCUGUUAAAGCGUGGAGCGAAUCCAAACUAUCAGGAUAUCUCCGGCUGCACACCUCUGCAUCUGGCUGCAAGAAACGGACAGAAGAAGUGUAUGGGCAGACUGUUAGAGUAUAAUGCUGAUGUUAAUAUCUGCAAUAAUGAAGGUCUCACUGCUAUUCAUUGGCUGGCAGUGAAUGGAAGGACAGAGCUACUUCAUGACCUGGUGCAGCAUGUGUCUAAUGUGGACGUGGAGGACGCCAUGGGCCAGACAGCCUUACAUGUGGCCUGCCAGAAUGGACACAAGACUACAGUGCAGUGUCUUCUGGACAGUGGAGCGGACAUCAACAGGCCCAAUGUCUCUGGAGCGACUCCCCUCUAUUUCGCCUGCAGUCAUGGUCAGAGGGACACCGCACAGAUACUGCUCUUCAGGGGAGCCAAGUAUUUGCCAGACAAGAAUGGGGUUACACCGCUUGACCUGUGUGUGCAGGGUGGUUAUGGUGAAACAUGUGAAAUUCUCAUCCAGCACCAUAGCAGACUGUUUCAGACACUGAUAAAGAUGACGCAGAAUGAUGACAUUAAAGAGAACAUGUUAAGGCAGGUUCUAGAACAUGUCUCACAGCAGAGUGACUCCAGCUAUCAAAGGAUCUUGACCAGCUUGGCUGAGGUGGCCACCACAAAUGGACAUAAACUGCUGAGUUUGUCCAGUAACUUUGAGGUCCAAACAAAGAGCUUGCUCCGAAUUAUCCGGAUCUUCUGUCAUGUGUUCUGUCUUGGGCCGUCCUCCCCAAACAACGGGAAUGACAUGGGUUACAACGGAAACAAGACACCACGUAACCAGGUGUUUAAGCCUCUGGAGCUGUUGUGGCACUCUCUUGAUGAAUGGCUGGUCCUCAUCUCCACUGAGCUGGAUAAGGAGAGCACGGACGCAACAACCUCAUCCUCAGGAAAUGACAUUGCGUCACUUUUCCUGAAAAAGCAGGAGGUCGACCCCUCCGUUUCCAGCGAAAAUCCCCCACUGUUGCUGGACGCCAAGUCGGUGAUGAAGACGCCGGAGGGUUACGCCGAUGGUCAGGAUGUCAUCUCUAUGAUAGCCAAUCGCCUGAGCGCUGUGAUCCAGGCCUUCUACAUGUGCUGUUCCUGUCAGAUGCCACGUGGCAUGACCUCCCCUCGAUUCAUCGAGUUUGUCUGUAAGCAUGAUGAAGGGCUCAAGUGUUUUGUGACGAGGAAUCCCAAAAUAAUCUUCAACCAUUUCCACUUCCUGCUGGAAUGUCCUGAGCUCAUGUCCCGCUUCAUGCAUAUUAUUAAAGGACAGCCAUUUAAAGACAGGUGUGAGUGGUUUUAUGAACAUCUUCUGGCCGGACAGCCAGACUCAGAUAUGGUGCACCGGCCAGUUAAUGAAAAUGACAUUCUUCUUGUUCACAGAGACUCAAUAUUCCGAAGCAGCUGUGACGUUGUAUCCAAGUCCUCCAAUGAGAAACUCAAACAAGGCAUUGCAGUGCGGUUCCAUGGUGAAGAGGGAAUGGUAAGCUUGAAUAUUUCAACCGGGAAUCUCUUCAAAAAAGUAUGUUCUAUAUGGGAUGUGAAUGUAAGUAGUAUGAAAGGGAUAAACUGA